AUGGGAGUGUUUCAACUUCCAGUGAAACUUUGUAAUGAGCUUAAUAUGAUAUGUGCUAGGUUUUGGUGGGGUCAAUGUGGAGAUGAAAAGAGGAUUCAUUGGAAGAGUUGGGAGUCCCUUGUCCAGCCAAAAAAGGGGGGUGGCUUGGGUUUCAGAGACAUUCGAAACUUUAACCUUGCAAUGUUGGCAAAGCAAGAAUGGAGAAUGUCAACCGAUCACAAUUCUCUUCUCUAUCGGUGCUUUAAAGCCAAAUACUUUCCCCGGUGCACCUUUUUAGAGGCGGUUGAUCACCCAAAUAGCUCAUAUGUUUGGAAGAGCUUACUUGCUGCUCAGCCUAUUUUGAAGAAAGGGUGUUGUUGGCGGGUAGGUUCGGGUUCUUUCAUCCGGGUGUUAUCUGACAGAUGGUUGCCUAGCCAUCCAACUAACAAAGUUCUAGUCCCACCAUAUGAAGUAGAUGAAGAUUGGCACGUGUCGGAGUUAAUUGAUUGA